CGAGCUGUUCACGGGUGAGAUAGCUACAGUGCAGUUGUAAAUCAAUUGGGAGAGGUUACUGUGUAGAAAUUUGUAACAUUGUUGCAAGUGUUUUUGGCUAAGACAACUGAGAGUCAAAAGGACGAGGUGGUUUCCCACUUAGGGAAGAUCUAAAAUAUUAAGAAAGGACUAUAAAGGAACAUUUUCAGCUGAAGUUUAAAUUUGAUUAAAAAAAUUACGCUGGAAAUGUCUGAAAAUAAGCCGAAUGAUGAGAAGUUGUCAACAACGGAGAGGGCGGUGAAACCUGUCCCUUUUCCUCCAAGUCACCUGCUGACAGCGAAGGAGGUGUUUGACACUGAUGGGAAGCCCAGAGUGGAUGUCUUAAAGGCUCACCUGACAAAGGAAGGUCGGCUGGAGGAGAGCGUGGCCUUGAGACUCAUCACAGAAGGAGCAGCCAUACUUCGGGCUGAAAAGAACUUGCUAGAUAUCGAGGCUCCUGUGACAGUUUGUGGAGAUAUCCAUGGACAGUUCUUUGACUUGAUGAAACUGUUUGAGGUGGGAGGUUCACCAGCCUCCACACGAUACCUUUUUUUAGGCGAUUAUGUUGACAGAGGCUAUUUCAGUAUUGAUUGUGUGGUGUACUUAUGGGCCUUGAAAAUCCUUUAUCCAAAAACACUGUUUUUGCUUCGUGGGAACCAUGAAUGUAGACAUUUAACAGAGUAUUUCACAUUUAAACAAGAAUGUAAAAUUAAGUAUUCAGAGAGAAUAUACGACUCGUGUAUGGACGCAUUUGACUGCCUACCCUUGGCUGCCCUUAUGAACCAGCAGUUUUUAUGUGUACACGGAGGCCUGUCUCCUGAAAUCAACACUCUAGAUGACAUCAGGAAAUUAGAUAGGUUUAAAGAACCACCAGCAUAUGGGCCAAUGUGUGAUCUCUUGUGGUCAGACCCAUUGGAGGACUUUGGCAAUGAAAAGACUCAGGAACACUUUACGCACAACACAGUAAGAGGCUGCUCAUACUUCUAUAGCUACCCAGCUGUGUGUGAUUUCCUACAGCAUAAUAAUUUAUUAUCGGUAAUCCGGGCCCAUGAAGCGCAGGAUGCUGGUUAUCGUAUGUACAGGAAGAGCCAAACAACAGGUUUCCCAGCAUUAAUCACCAUUUUUUCAGCACCCAACUAUCUAGAUGUGUAUAAUAACAAAGCUGCAGUAUUGAAAUAUGAAAACAAUGUAAUGAAUAUUCGACAGUUCAACUGUUCUCCCCAUCCCUAUUGGCUUCCCAACUUCAUGGAUGUUUUCACUUGGUCUUUGCCAUUUGUUGGAGAGAAGGUGACAGAGAUGUUGGUGAAUGUUCUAAGCAUCUGUUCCAGUGAUGAGCUCACAACUGAUGAAGAGAUUGAUGGUGCUACUGCAUCUGCCCGCAAAGAGGUCAUUAGAAACAAGAUCAGAGCCAUAGGAAAGAUGGCGAGGGUAUUUUCUGUCCUCAGAGAAGAGAGUGAGAGUGUGCUUACUCUGAAAGGACUGACACCAACCGGGAUGCUUCCCAGUGGUGUGCUGUCAGGUGGAAAGGAAAAUCUGCAAAAUGAAGCUUCAGCUACUAUUGAGGCUAUUGAGGCUGAUGAAGCCAUAAAAGGAUUCUCACCACAACACAAGAUCACAAGUUUCGCGGAAGCUAAAGGUUUGGACCGGAUCAAUGAGAGAAUGCCCCCUCGUAAGGACACACUCCCUACCGAUGCUAGCCUCAACUCAGUCAACAAGGCCAUUUCCACAGAGACAAAUGGUACUGACAGCAAAGGCAGCAGCAGCAGCAACAUCCAGUGACAGGUUCCUGUUUUUAAGGCUGCAAGGCAUGCUGGGAUGGCUGCCAAAUCAGCAGUUGAGACGUUCUUGUCUCUACUCCAUAGCAGCUUGCUAUGGAGGUGAGGUGCGGGAUUCAGUUUACGGUAUUGAGAUAUAGAGAAAGAUAGUAAAAAAAAUAAAAAUAAAAAAAUCAAUAAUAAUAAUAGUCAUAAUUUGGUGGGUGACGAGUCCCCUUUUUGGAUAUGCCUUUAAUGCUUGUAGAAACACGAAAAGUUCGUGCUAGUUUCACUCUUGUAAGAAUCUAGGGGAAUAAACAUGAUUAUGUACUGCGUCGGGAGAGCUUCAUAGGUAUGUUUUUUGAAAGGCCUUUAUUACUGGACUUGGAAAUUGUCUCUAACUUCUAAUUGUUGUACGUUUACAAACACAGCACUAAAAUAGACAGAACGAAAACAACAUUUUUAACAUAUAAGGGUGUACAAACUAAACAAGUACUAUUUAUUGUUUUUUUUUGUUUGUUUGUUUUUUUUUUUUUUUGUUACUCUAAAACGCUAUAAAAUAAAUUAGGCAGUCUUAAAAGAAUGUUGCAAAUUUGUUAAAAUGCCAAAAAAAGGAAAGUUUAAUUUUUUGUACAGAUUAUGCUUACCUCAGGUUUAUUUAGUGUGCUGUGGAUGCCCUACUUUCUGUCUAAUGGCUAACUACCUUGGCAAUGAAUAUCUUUUCAUUUAUGUUUAUAACUGGAAUAAUUACUUCUCCUUAUCAUUUGCAGAUAUCAUUUUUUAUUUAAUUUGGGGUUUUUUGGGGGGGGGGG